GAGUUCACCUGGGUAUUAUUGCGUUCUCGCGAGGUCCUCGCCAUCGGAUGAUGUCAGGCGUUCGGCGAUUGUCGCCAUCUCCGGCGAGAUCGGAUCUUCGAGAAACUUUUUUUUCGGCGGCUUUUACAGUGGAUGCGCGAAACUCCAUUUUCGAUUUUCUACAUUCCUUUUAGAUCUUUCUAUAUAUGCGCAUAUAGAUUUGGCUUUAUUGAGUUGCAUUUCCAACCACGUCUCAUAGACUGCGCUUUACAUUCAGCACAAUGUCCGAAAUCUCUCCGUCUAGUCGCGCCGACGAGGUGCAGACGCUCUUGAAGGCCGUCGAAGACCUUCUCAUUCCCUUCAUUCGAUCCGCAGAUGAGCACUCGGUCCCCGCGCACAAGACCCAGAACGGCGUCAACGGACAUUCGGCCUCGGAAGGAACGUCUCUAGUCAACUACAAAAGGCCAGAGGAACUGAGAAAUAUUCUGCAAUUAGAAAUCCCCGAGCAAGGCCGCAAGCAGGAGGGCUUGAUCGAAGUUUUGCAAAAGGUCCUCAAAUACUCGGUCAACACUUGGCACCAGGGCUUCCUGGACAAGCUGUAUGCCUCAACAAACGCCCCCGGUGUGGCAGCCGAACUCAUUCUUGCCACCUUGAACACCAACGUGCACGUCUACCAAGUCUCGCCUGCCCUCACGGUCAUUGAGAAAUUCACCGGUCAGCGACUCGCAAACCUCUUCGGACUGGACGGUCCUCGAGCAGGAGGCAUUUCAGUCCAGGGUGGCUCGGCUUCGAACACUACGUCCAUCGUUAUUGCUCGCAACAACCUCUACCCGGAAACCAAGGCGGACGGUAAUGGUGGGUACAAGUUUGUUCUCUUCACCAGCGCCCAUGGCCACUACAGUGUUGAGAAGGCCGCUCAAAUGCUGGGAUUCGGAAGCAAGGCCGUCUGGCCCGUGCCAAUCGACAGGCAGGGGCGUAUGAUCCCCGCCGAAUUGGAAAAGCUGGUGCAGAAAGCGCAGAGUGAAGGCCGAACGCCGUUCUACGUCAAUGCCACGGCCGGUACCACGGUCAUGGGCUCGUUUGACCCUUUCAACGAAAUCGCCGCCAUCUGCCAAAAGUAUAACCUGUGGUUCCAUAUCGACGGAUCCUGGGGCGGUUCCUUCAUUUUCUCGCGCAAGCAGAGACACAAGCUGGCAGGUUCGGAGAAGGCAGACAGCAUUGCGAUCAACCCACACAAGAUGCUCGGUGUACCGGUGACAUGCUCGUAUCUGCUAGCUGCGGACAUUCGCCAAUUCCAUAGGGCCAACACUCUCCCUGCAGGCUAUCUCUUCCACAACGAGGAUACCGAACCAACUCAGAACGGAAACACGCACGAGUCCGAACUAGAGAUCGAUUCGCCCGAGGUGUGGGAUCUCGCAGAUCUAACCCUCCAAUGCGGUCGUCGCGCAGACUCGCUCAAACUUUUCCUGGGAUGGACAUACUACGGCACUGAGGGAUACGAGAAACAGAUUGAUAAUGCAUGCGAAGUUGCCGCACAUCUCGCUACGCUCGUCUCACAAAACCCCAACUUUACCCUCGUCAGCGAGAACCCGCCUCCCUGUCUGCAGGUUUGCUUUUACUACGCACCUGGUAAGCAAAUGGUGUACCCGCGUGGCGUCGUCUCGAACGAGACGCAGCGUGCGAAGAAUAAUAGCAAGGUGACCGAGCAGAUUACGCAUGCGAUUGUGCGCAAGGGAUUCAUGGUCGACUUUGCUCCUCCCAGUGGCGAUGACGACGAAGCUGGAAAUGGCAAGUUCUUCCGUUGUGUGGUCAAUGUGUCGACUAGCAAGGAGACGGUCGAAAGUCUUGUGCGCGCUAUUGAGGAGGUUGGACCUGCUAUUGUGGAGUCCUUGACGUCCGCUACCCCGGUUGUUCCAUUGAAGCGACCUGGUGAGCACGGACACGGUCCCGUUGUCCAUCAUCGGUGAUUGUGUCUUGGGUAAUUUAGUUCUAUUGUACAUUGAUACACAUACUGUUGUAUCGCAUCAUAGAGGUACUAGAAAGUUCAUGAAUACAUAUCACUUUCAAACGGGGGAUGUUCAAAAUUGUUGUGAAAUGGAUAAUUUGUCUUGUUAUGUAUGUGUAUGAGAGUACACUGCGCUACUACAGGAGGAUAAAUCCAGUCAUGUAUGUGAGCCCUGGGUCUCCCAGUGCAAAGUCGUGAUACAGGCUACCUAAUUACCAAUUUCCACCCUCCUCUCCAAGACAGAGCGUCCCUCGGCUUCGGCGAGACCAUCAAUCUCCAGUUCAGCAAGCACAGCACGGGCACUCUCAUUGUCCUUGAAUAGCCUCUUCUCCACAUCCCAUAGUUCCAGUGCAGCGCCAUCCCCUUCCGCAUUCUCUGCACUUGGAUCUGCGGCAGCACGCAGAUUCAAAAUACGCAAACCCUCGUUGAGCUUCUUGACAAUCCGCGUCGAACCUCCAACAUGACCCGCCAGACCUAGCGCGUUAUCGACCACACUGCAAAGGUGAUCGACAUCGCUAGCCAGCUGUGCCGCACCUGUUUCGGAGAAAUUGUUCCUCAUCAAGAUGUUGUCCCAAAUGUAAUUCUGGAUGGAGAGAAGAAGCUGGCGAGAAACACGUCGGAGAGGCGCAACUCCCAGAGCUCGAGCGAGGAAAUUGAGCUGAGUCGAUAGAACGCGCAUGGGAUGGGCCAGGUCGGAUGAAAGAGCCAGGGAAGAGGUCGUUGCGCCAGCUGAAGGGGUCGAGAGUGUUGCCCAGGUCGCCAAGCGGGAGUAAGGCCUCAAGGCUGUAGUAACAUUCGAGGUCAGUGUCGAUGUAAGAAUAGAUUCGGAUUGCAGUCGGAGAUGACGGUAUGCAGAGGCAGUCUCGUCAAAGAGUGCCCCCUCGGACGUUUGAGCACUGGCAGGAUCGUGAUUGGCAACGGCCGGAGACGUGCGUGAGGCAACUUCCGCAACAGACAUGGUACCAGCCACAUUACGGCCACCGUCGCGGUUCUGCUUCACUCGAUCUUGGAGCUCGGACCAAAGCUCCACGAAGAAAACAUCAUUGCUCCAAUCCUCCAUCUUUUUCUCGAGGUAUUCGGCACUACCGAACACCCUGCAGAGCCUCUCAAGGCCCGCAACGCCUUCAACGCUAGCCUGCCCGUCAGCUCCCUGGACUGUACGGCCAAGAGCGGAGGUCAUGGUCCGAUAGGCAUCCAAAGCCUCACGGAGGCGCUCGUGAAAUUGAUCGAAUAUGGUGAUCUGGAUGUCAAUGAGGAAUCGUAACUUCUGACUGAAGGAAGUCAAUGGCUGGUAUCUCUCGGUGAUGGUUUCGAGCAAGUCGUUCACUCGAAUUGCAGCCUUAGUAGGUUUGGUAGCAGUAAUCUCAACACCGUCAUAGUCAAUUUCACCACUAUCCGGCGUGUCAAUGAUAUCUCUGUAUCGAGCCAGAGCGAAGUCCUUCUCCACCUGAAGCCAGCGAUCAUACCACCCUUGCGUUGUGAGAACUUCCCAGGUCAUUCCUUUCCAGUUGUCUUCGGCAAAGGGAUCUGGCAAAUAAUUCCACGUUUCUCGCAGGUCGUUGUCAAAGUUCAUUAGCUCGUGGACGAAAUGGCUGAGCAAUUGAGGGUGAUUGACGAUCUGGGGCAUGAAGCUUUCGAUCUUGUGCCUCAGCGUUGGAAGCAGGGCCGUGAUAAAGGCAUGCAAAGCAUUAUAGAAAUUCCAUUCGAGAUCUGGGCCGGCUGAAUGAGCCUUUUCAUCGAGAAUUGGCUGCAGAUAGGAUGUAAAGAACCCGCCAAAUUGGCUGAUUAGAUCCAUGAUGUGCGCAAGGAAAUAUUCAGGCUAGUCAAAUUUAGAAUUAGAAA